CUGAUCGAAUAAAAUGGUAGCCCAUUUAAGGUGGCUAUGUAAUUGGGCCGGCCCGAUUAACCCAUAGAGGCUAAUAGGUCCGUGAUGGGACGUUGUUAUGCAAAACGCAAACGUAGAAGCUAGCCACCGCUUGCAGAGAAAGAGAGCGCAUCACCGUCGUCGACACAACCCAAACAUGUCGUCCCUUCGAAACGCCAUUCCCAGGCGUGCUCACAAAGAGCGUUCUCAACCGUCGUCGAGGAAAAAAUUCGGCCUUCUCGAAAAACACAAGGACUAUGUCCAGCGUGCUAAAGCAUUCCACAAGAAAGAGGACACUUUGCGGAAACUUAGGGAAAAAGCAGCAAAUAGAAAUCAAGAUGAGUUUUACUUCAAGAUGGUUAGAACAAAAACCGUUGAUGGAGUUCAUAUACCAGAGAGUGAAGCAAACAAGUACACUGAGGAAGAGCUUAUGCUGAUGAAGACCCAGGAUAUGGGCUACAUUCUUCAGAAGCUUCAGAGUGAGAGAAAGAAAAUUGAAAGGCUAACUGCCUCCCUGCACUCUAUUGACAAUCAGCCAUCGAACAAGCAUGUUUUCUUUGCUGAGGAUAGAGAAGAGGCUAAAGAGUUACAAGCACAAUAUCCAAAAAGUGUCAUUCCACUUUCAUCUGAUGAUAUUCCUGCUAGCAUUAAGAGGAAAACAACUCAGUCUUACCGAGAGUUGGAAGCAAGGAGGAAUAGAUUCAGCCAGCUAGAGAAAAUCUACAUGGAUAUGGCAAUGCAGAAGGAGUUGCAGAAAAACGGUAAGAAGCGCAAACUAAGUGAAGAUGAGAUUGUCUGCCCUACCACCAAACCAGUAUACAAGUGGCGUGCUGAAAGAAAGCGUUGAAAGAGUUAAAAAUACUUCAGGCUUUUAUUCUAUUUUGCCUGGUUACUAUUUAGCAUAGUGAUUAAAUACUUGUGGGUUGGGUCUGCUGCUGGAGAACAUGUCUUACAUGAAGCACUAACAUGCCUGGCUGCAGAAUCGAAUGUGUUGCAUGAAACAAAUUAGGUGGGAUGACUACGGAUGCCGAUAACUGGCUUUCUUGUCGAGAAUUCUCUGAUCAUGUAACCAUUUUCUUUGCUCUGUUCGGUAUCCAUCCUUAUACCUUUCAGUUCUUCAACCAGAUUUUGUAAGUUUUACUAUUACAAGUACAUUCAAUUUUGAAGUUUAUGUUAUUUGUAUCGUGUAACUAUUCUUGUGGUAUAUAUGACACUAGACCCACGUUGUUGCAAAUUCUAUAAACAUGAUUUCA